UGGGCUUCAUUGUGGGCCAGUACGCCCUGUACGGGUUCCAGCUGAAGCCCCUCUACACUUGCAGCCGCUGGCCCUGCCCCAACACUGUCAACUGCUACAUCUCCCGACCCACUGAGAAGACCAUCUUCAUCCUCUUCAUGCUGGGGGUGGCCUGCGUGUCCCUGCUGCUCAACCUGGUGGAGAUCUACCACCUGAGUCUCACCAAGUGCCGGAAGGGGCCAGGCACCAAGUCCCGCAUCCUAACCAUUUCUGGUGGCCCUGGAGGGCCUAGCAGCACCCAUGUCACCCUGCCCAGGGGUGGCAGCCCCCCUCCGGGCCUGACACCCCUGAAGAAGGCAGGUGCAUGGCUAGGGGUGGCUGGUGGGUCCCACAGGGAGAUGCGAACGGCAGACCUGGCAGUGUGA